AUGACGACGAAAUAUUAUUUUCGUAUUAUUUUAUUAAGUUUUUUUUAUGUCGCGAUCGUGACGUGUCAGGAGGCGGAAGAGACGACAGCCGUCGAUGUCGUCGGUAACGUUUUCGAAUCUUGCGUUCAAUACGGUUCGUUAUCGUGCGUCAAACCGAAAUUUUUAAAAUUUUUAAGGGAAUCACUUAAAAACGAUAGAAUACCAUUGACUGAUAACUUAUCAAUUGAAAAAAAUGGCGGUAAAUUUUCAUAUGAGUCAAAGGAGGACAACGAUAACGACGACAUGAUGAAAAAGGAAAGACUCAGAUUAUUGAUGUUUGAAAAAAUCGAUAAUUAUUUAAACAAUCACGAAUUGAAAAUAAAAUUACCCAAAGAACUUGUUACCGGAGAAAUAUUUCCAUUUGUACCUAAAUAUUUUUUUGAUAAUAACGUACCCAAAGAAAUUAUCGUGCCUCUUUCAUCCGAAACUAAAAAAACAUUGGAGGAAAAAGAAGAAGGAAGGGGUUUAAUGAAAAAAGUUAUAAUACCAUUUUUACUCGGUUUAAAAGUCAAAGCCUCCGUAUUUGUACCUCUUGCGAUUGCAUUGAUUGCUAUGAAAACAUGGAAAGCUUUGACUCUCGGACUUUUAUCAGCUGUUUUAUCCGCUGCUAUGGUCAUAUUUAAAUUUGCCAAACCAAAAGUCGUCAAUUACGAAGUUUAUCAUUAUCCGACUCAUCACUCGCCGCCUCAAGUCGUUGAACAUCAUCCACCACCUCAUCAUCCAUACGUCGAACAUCACGGAUACGGAAGAUCCUCAUCAUCAUCAUCAUUGUCAUCAUCCUACGGCCAAGAUUUAGCAUAUAACGCUUAUAAAAAUUAA